ACCAAAUCCUUAAACGCACACCACAUGGAAUAUAAAUCAACGUCAUGGUUUCAAGGCCAAAUCACACGAGGACAAGGAUCUUUGCUUAUUAUAUAUAUACAUGCAUAUUCAAAUAUAGUAAGCCAGAAAAGGUUGGUCAUUUCGUCGAAUAGUUUAUGUGCGUGCAAUCCACGAAUCAAGAACCUGUAUUAUUCAAAUCCAAUUCCUCCUCUGCUCUGCAGACUCGUCGAUUUCACAUACAAUCAAACAACAAUUACCUCCAACCAUUUGUCUCUUUGUUGCCGCCCGAAUAUUAUAUUCCUUAAUUCAACCAUUUUUAACCCCCCACCCCGACCAAUCACUCAAUUCUUCAACAAGAAGAAGAAGAAGAAGAAGAAGAAGAAAAACCCAGUUGACAACACACUCCCAAAGCUGCAAUUCUUUUUAAUUUUUUACUUCGGGAUUAGUGAAAUGAAGAGGUAUAGGAAUAGAAGAAUCUGGGAUUUUGAGCAUGAAUUGAAGAUGGUUGAUAGAGAUGAUGAUGAUGUUAAGAAGGUGAUUCUUGGUAUAGAUGGUGGGACCGCACAUACAGUUUGCAUUUGUAUGCCUUUUAUACCCUUCACUCACCACCUGCCCGAUCCUCUGCCCGUCCUUGCCCGAACCGUUGCCGGCUGCUCCAACCACAACAGCGUUGGUGAAACAGCAGCUAGAGAGAGUUUGGAGCAAGUAAUGGCGGAUGCUCUCGCAAGGUCACGUUCGACUCGUUCGUCCGUCGAAGCCGUUUGUCUCUCGGUUUCCGGUGUCAACCAUCCAACGGAUCAGCAUCGCAUACUCAAUUGGCUCAGAGAAAUAUUUGCGAGUGACGUGAGGUUAUUCGUUGAGAACGACGCUGUGGCGGCUCUGGCGAGCGGGACGAUGGGGAAACUACAUGGAUGUGUGCUGAUAGCUGGCACUGGUACUAUUGCUUAUGGCUUCACUGAAGAUGGCAGACAAGCUCGCGCUGCUGGUGCGGGCCCCGUUUUAGGUGACUGGGGAAGUGGUUAUGGUAUAGCUGCACAGGCACUCACUGCUGUAAUAAGGGCCCACGACGGUCGCGGUCCACUCACUACUCUUACUAAUUCUAUUCUCGACACACUUAAACUUUCUUCACCCGACCAACUUAUAGGGUGGACCUACGCGGACCCCUCGUGGGCUCGAAUAGCAGAACUUCUUCCAGUCGUGGUUUCGUGUGCGGAUGCAAUGGACCCUGUCGCAAUUGACAUCUUGUACAAUUCCGUGCAUGAGUUGGCGUCAAGUGUCAAAGCAGUCGUCGAAAGAUUGGAGCUAUGUGGUGAAGAUGGAAAAGACGAAUUUCCACUAGUGAUGGUUGGUAGUGUUCUUGAAGCCAAUAAGAGAUGGGACAUUGGUAACCAAGUCAUGAGUUGCAUCUCAAAGGAUUUCCCAGGUGUUCUUCCAAUUCGCCCCAAGGUAAGGCUAUUUUCGUCAUUUUCAGUCCGUGGCCGUGGUUUUUCAGAUACAAUUUUCAUUUAUCCAACUGAUAAAGCCAUAUUUUAUUUACGAUGAUUU